AUGUCUCGCCUUGAAGCCAAAAAGCCUCCGUUAUUUAUUAGUGAGCCUUUAACUAGACAUGCAGUGAGUCAGUCACUGUCUCUGCUGAGUGGAAUAUUAAAAUCUUCCUAUGGUCCAGCUGGUCGACUCAAACAACUCCACAAUGGUGUGGGGGGCUGUGUUUGUACCACUUCCCAAUCCUCAGCCCUCCUGGGGCAUCUUUCUGUCAGCCAGCCUGUGCUGCGUGUCCUGACAGCCUCUGUACAGAACCAUGUGUCGCACUUCAGUGACUGUGGUUUAUUCACUGCCAUUCUUUGCUGUGGCUUCAUUGAAAAUUUCAGGAGCCUGAAUAUUGCACCUUUUACUGUCAUUAAAAUAAGCAAGCAUCUUCUGAGUCUGUGCAUGGACCACCUGAAAUCUGAGGCUUGUGGUUGCCGGGUGUCUGUGGAUUUUAGCAGUGUUGAGACUCUUGUUUGUUUGGUACGUAGCAUUUUAACCAGCAAACCUGCCUGCCUGCUUAAUAAAACUGAAGUUGAUCAUCUUACCUCACUGGUUUUAAAGGCUUUUCUAUUUACAGUUCCAUGUCAUGUUGAGACUAAUGCUGUUUUAGGGAAGUGUGUGAUAAUACCUGUGAAAGGCAGAAGAGUUGAGGAUUCUACAGUUCUUCCUGGACUGCUGAUAGAAGUGCCAGAAAUCCAAUUGGGAAAACCACUUGCUGUCAAAAGGACUGGUUCAAAUAUGAUCAAACUUGCACUUUUCAGUGUGUCCAUGUCAGGUGAUGGCUUUAACCCUGAGGAAGGAACUAUAGCAGUCCACCAUGGAGUUUCUCUGGAAGUGUCAGAGCUGAAUCAGUUGCUUAGUGUGGGAAAGCAGCUGGUUAAGGAUGAGGUGGGCCUUGUGGUGUGCCAGAAGGUGAUGCAUCCCUCCUUGAAACAGUACCUGAAGGAGAAUGGUGUCAUGGCAGUGGACAGGGCUGGACUGUGUCUGAUGGAGCCCCUGGGCCGCAUGACAGGUUCACAGCCUAUAGCUUCCAUCCAUUUGUUGUCUCCUGGCUGUUACGGCAGUUUGAAAGAUUUGUGCGUUGAGAGUUUUGCUCCAAAACAUUUUCUACAUCUAAUUCCUGAGGACACAGUUAUCUGCAGCCUGAUACUCUGUAACAGAAGUGAAACAGCAUGGGAUGAACUGAAGCAUGUCUGUGAAACUGCAGAACAAGUAUUACGGUUAACAAUGAAGGAACCUUUGGCAUUAUUAGGAGGAGGCUGUACAGAAACUCACCUGGCUUCAUACAUAAGGCACAAGAGUUCUAUUUUGCCUGCCAGCACUUUCAAAGACCUAGAUUGUUCUCAGACACAAUACCAGUUGGUUACUGAGGGGUUUUGCCAUUCCCUGGAGUCUGUAGCUCGUUCUCUGAGUCACGAUGGUGAAGAAAUUCUUACAGACAUGGUUUAUGGACACUGUUGGUUUGUUCCAUCAGGUGCUCCCUGUGUCUCCAAGUGGUCAGAUUUUUUAGUUUCAAAAUGUGGCUGUGGGAUGAAUGGUAACACAGAGGACCUCAGCUGGAGGUUUUUGCGAGGCCAGUCUGGCUCUCCUGUUAUACAGGGCUGCCCUAAAGAGCCCUCAGUAAAAGUUUCUGACCUCCUGACUCUGGAUUGCUUUGCUGCCAAGUGCACUGGCCUGCAGGUAGCUCUGGAGACAGCCAACCUGAUUUUGGAUCUUUCAUACAUAACUGAAGAUCAAAAUUAGCUCUGAUCCUGUGUACAGUAAUUUCACGACCAUAAGGCGCACCAGACUAUAAGGCGCACCUUUUUUUUGCAGCAAGGAUCCGCCUCCAGCACCCCCUGCACGGUUGCUGGCCAAGGCCCCGCCUCCACCCCCUUGCUGCGGCCCCGUGGGUCCCCGGGCCCCCCUGAACCUGGCAGCCGUGGCACUGUGGGCCCCCCUGCACCUGGCAGCCGCAGGGCCACUCCCCCUCACAGCCCGGCGUGGCCACAGGGCCGCUCCCCCUCACUGCUCGGCACAGCCUGGCUACCACUCCCCUCUCACAGCCCGGCAGAGCCACGGGGCCACUCCCCCCUCACAGCCCGGCAGAGCUGCGGGGCCACUCCCCCUCACAGCCCGGCACAGCCCCGCAGCUGCCCCCUCUCACAGCCCAGCACAGCCCAGCUACCGCUCCCCUCUCACAGCCCGGCACAGCCGCAGGGCUGCUCCCCCGCUCACAGCCCGGCGCAGCCGCAGGGCCACUCCCCCGCUCACAGCCCAGCGCUGCCGCGGGGCCACUCCCCCCUCACAGCCCAGCGCAGCUGCAGGGCCGCUCCCCCUUGCGGCUCGCACUUCCAGGGCGGCAAAUUUCCAAACUUUGUACAUUAUAUAAGGCACACCGGACUACAAGGCGCAC